UGCGCCCGAACGCCUGUCGGCAGGGAAAUCACAGUCACGUGCGAACACACGUUUAGCCCUCGUAGUAUGUUUACUAAUGAGGGAGAACUUCUCAAGAGAUGAUUCCAGUCCUCAUUUCAGCAACAGCAUGACACCGUGGUCUUACACGCGCGCUAGUCUGGCUCGGCGCGAGGUGUGUAAUCGGAGGUUUACCGAGUGCAGUCCGGUUCCUGUGUGUGUGGAAGUUGUGGCAGUUUGCGGUGCGAACUUCUCUUAUCUGCUGCACGCGGAUCAAAGUGCAGAGAGGCGCGCGCGGGGACGGCACCGCGCGAUCAGCUGCACGAGCAGUGAACCGCACUAAUCUCCACAAUGGCAACCAACCGGGGAGAUAUGAACGGAACAGUUGCUAUGGGUGAUGAGAUGGAGGAGAAUGGAGAGAAAUCACAAUGGAAAUUGUUUAUUGAGGAUAUCAGUGUCUUACAGCUGGUGCUGUCCUUCUUGCUUAUGGGUGUGUCGUGUCUGGUGUUGAUGAUUUAUCUGAUGUUUACUCCACUGUGGCCAAUUCCCACUCUCUACUUCACCUGGCAGAUAUUUGACUGGGACACACCUGAGAAAGGUGGUAGAAGAACUGAAUUUGUGAGGAGCUGGAGAGUGUGGAAACACUUUAAAGACUACUUCCCAGUAAAGUUGGUGAAGACAGCAGAACUGAGUCCCAGCAAGAACUAUAUUCUGGGUUGCCACCCGCAUGGCAUCAUGAGCAUGGGCGCGUUUUCCUGCUUCAGCACAGAGGCUGGCGGGUUUGGGCAGGCAUUCCCAGGAAUGCGCUCCUCUCUGGCCAUCCUUGCUGGCCUCUUCCGCAUGCCGCUCUUCAGAGAGUACAUCAUGUUUGCAGGCCUGUUGCCGGUCAGUAAGGCGUGUCUGGAGUACGUGCUGAGGCAAGCCGGUGUGGGCAACGCUGUGGUCAUCAUCAUCGGAGGAGCUGAGGAGUCACUGGCUUCUUCUCCUGGAGUGAACACUGUGGUCAUGAAGCAGAGGAAAGGCUUUGUGCGUCUCGCUCUGGAAAAUGGGGCUGACCUGGUUCCAGUGUACUCGUUCGGGGAGAAUGAGCUCUUCCCGCAGGUGCUGCUGUCCGAGGGCAGCAUAGGCCGCAGGCUUCAGGCUCUAUUUAAGCGGGUGAUGGGUUUUGCUCCGUGUCUCUUCACUGGGGGACGCUGGCUGCUCCUGCCUUACAGGAGACCCGUCACUACUGUGGUUGGAAGCCCUAUCUCUGUGCCUCAUGUAUGCAAUCCAUCCGAACAGCAGGUGGACCACUACCACAAGCUGUAUAUGGAAUCUCUGUCCAAACUCUUCCACGCACACAAAACCAACUGUGGACUGGCCGAGACACACCAGCUACGCAUCAUCUAAGCACUACACACACACACACACACACACACACACACACACACACACACACACACACAAACACAUAUACAUGUUGAAUACACUUGUAGCAUUAGUUAUACAGUUUUCACAAUUCUCAGGACUAGAAGGUCUCAGGACUACAUUUUUAUAGUUUUAACCAAAAUACAAACAGUAUGAUAGUGUUUACUUUUACAGCUUGUAUUACUUUGUGACAUUGCUAAUUAAUUUAUACUCUUUAAAUCAGAUCAUUGCUUAUUCUAAAAUAGAAAAGCAAUUUUAAAAUAAACUAGCUACAGGAAAAUGUGAAAUAUUUCUAAAUGCUAAUUUUGUUUACAAAAAAUUUACACACAUUUGUAUUUAUCUUGAAUUAUGUGUAAAAAAAAAAAAAUAAUAAAAAAAAAGACUUAAAUGGCUGAAAGUUGCUAGAUCUGUACUGAAGUUAAAACAGGGCAGUCUGACUGUAAUGAAUUUGUGAAUUAUGAUUUUAAAUGAAAUUCACUGCCACUAUCUAGUUUGUAACUGCGUUAGAUUAACGUAUUAAUGUGAACAUGGCUGUUUACGCAAACAAUUUAUCAUUGGUCAUUGGUAUACACAUUUAUCAUUGGUAUGUACAUGGAUUCUGUGUUGACACGCAGUAUAUAAAUAAUAUAAAUGUAAUAUGAAAUUAAAUAUGAAUUUUAUUCAUAUCAUUUUAUUCAUUGUAAGAUACUGAGAUCAGAAGCUGCCGCUCUCAUGUUCUCUAUUAAAGAUACUGUUUAAACUCCA